AUGAAACGCUUCGCCUGUUUGAAUCUGCGCACUUUCGGCCUGAGCAUAGCCUGCUUGGACUCAUUAACUGCGCUGUUCAUCCUCAGCCUAAGCAGCUUUUAUCUCUAUAAUGACUUUAUGGACUUGACGCAAUGGCAGCAGAACGAUGUCCAGAUCCUGAGUCCAUUCGGAGCCUUUGUAGCCACAUUGGUGGACUAUGUGUUGGUGCAUGAAUUCUCACAAGCCUUCUACAUGAUACUCACUGUAACCGUUUGGGUAAAGGCAUUGAUAAAUCUAGUGGUGGCUGGCAUUCUAGUCGAUGGCAUCAAGCAGCGACGACUCAUUUGCAUUGCCCCAUGGCUGAUCAACGCAUACGUCUCGAUGGUCAUUGAGGUGGCCAUCUUUGUGUGUUUGGAGCUGAAGAUUGAUGAAGUGGAUGCCUCCAUAGAUCGACGCAUAGCACGAAGUGUGCUCUUCGGUGUUUUCAUAGUGCUGAACGCGCUGUUUGCCUAUGGCAUCUAUGCGCUCUAUCGCAUGCUGAAGACAUCUACAAAUGAGAAUCGUGCGCUGCAGGAGAGCAUUGUGGAAACGUCGGGUAUGUUCCAGCAUAUCAAGGUUUGAAAGUUUGUUAAAGGUAAUUAAUUGAAAUUCUCUAUACACCUGAACGAACGAGCAGAUGACAAACUUAUUUAAGUGGGAUGAUUACAUUAACUAAAGCUAUUUUCUCCAUUCAUGUACAAGCAUUUAUGUAUUGAAGCAAAUAAAACGAAUAACUUGAA